GUGGAGGAGAGGCCAGAGGAUGGAUCCAGCGCUGCCCCUGCCAGCAGCUCCAAGCACCUCUGGCUGGAGUUCAGCCACCCUGUGGAGAGCCUGGCCCUGACUGUGGAGGAGAUGAUCAACGUGCGCAGGGUGCUGGUCAAGGCUGAGAUGGAGAAGUUCCUGCAGAGCAAGGAGCUGUACAGCAGCCUGCGGAGGGGGAAGGUCUGCUGCUGCUGCAGGGCCAAGUUUCCUCUCUUCUCCUGGCCCACAUCGUGUUUCUUCUGCAAGCGGUCUGUCUGUAGCUCCUGCAGUCUAAAGAUGAAGAUGCCUUCCAAGAAGCUGGCUCACAUCCCCGUCUACGCGCUGGGCUUCGAGAGCCUGCCGGGCUCGCUGCUGCCCAAGGCGCCGCCGCUGCUGGGGGUGUCAGGGGUGGCAGUGUGUGUGACAGUGUUUGGGGUCAGUGGUUGGGGUGGCAGUGAUCAGUCUGGGUGA